ACGCAAAUGGCUAAGUCACGGAACCGUGUAGCAUCCACCUCAUCGGACGAGGCCGACUGGCGCGCAUGCGUGGAGUACGAGACUAAGCGCGUGGUCGUGGGCGACCUGGAGGUUCAGGUAUUCCAGAUGGAGGAGCUUCCGGUGGCUGCAUCGCUCUUUAUGCUGGCCGAGAUGGAUGCCAACGUGACGGAGAUUUCAGGCACACGCCUCUGGACGGGCUCGCAUUUCCUCUCACGGUAUCUGUGGCGCCACCCAGAGCUCGUGCGUGGUAAACGUGUGUUGGAGCUGGGAGCUGGCACUGGCAUCUGCAGCAUCGUGUCGUCCAAGCUUGGAGCAGUCAAGUGUUUGGCUACCGACGGUGAUGAAGAAGUAGUGGAACUAUUGGCGAAGAACGUGCAAGUGAAUGAGGCGGAAGAUGUCGUGACUGCUCGCUCGCUGUUUUGGGGCGAUGAGCCGUCUGCGCAGACGUUGCUAAAGGAGUUUCCUGGCGCUCUGACGGAUGUGGACGUCGUAUUGGCUGGUGACGUGCUUUACAAGAGCGAGCUGCUGCCGCUUCUUUUCGCUACGGUGACUCGGGUGCUGGCAUCGGACGAUGAUGUCGAGCGAGCAUUCGUGCUGUGCCACAUUCCUCGUGCCGAAGUGACACAUGACCUAGUACAGAAGCAGAUCAUCAACUCGGGGCUAAACUUUGAAAAAGUUAAACUGCCAGCAGAAGAUGUUGCCGAUGCCGCCGCUGAGCUGGAGGAAUGCCCCGUGGAAGAUGUGGAGCGUGCUAGGCUGUAUUAUAUCACCAGAUAGGCACAUGUAUGUGUCCAGGUCCAAGAGCGGACAGAAUAGCAGAAUAGACAGUUUAUUCCU